GGGGGCGUCUGGGGGGUCCCUGGGAGGGAGGUGACCCCUUGGGGAUAUUGCGGGGUGUCUGGAAAUCCCUGGGGGUGAGAUGUCCCUUUGGGGAGGUGGGGUGGUCUCCGGAAGGGAGAUGUCUCCAUGGGGACAUGUGGGGGGUCCCUGGAGGGAAGAUGUCCCUUUUGGGGGGGGGGGGGGCUGGGGUCCCAGGUUGGGGAGGGAGACAUCCCCUUGGGGAGCAGGGGGCCCUGGGGGUGCGAUGUCCCUGCAGGGGACGGGGUCCUCCGGGUGAGACACCUCUGUGGGCUCGGGGCGGGGGGGGGGGGGGGGGCACGGGGGCUUUGGUGGGGGGGCAAAGCUGCUCCGAGCUGGGGACGGGGGUACCGGAGGGUGACGGGGGUGAUGCGCACACAGAGCUGUCCCCCCGUCCCCACGCAGAUGAUGACGUCCCCGAGGCCGUGGCGCGUGCUGGUGGCCGUGGCCCUGUGCGCCCUGCUGUUCCUGGGCACGCUGGCGGCUGCGUACCCCCCCAAGCCCGAAAGCCCCGGGGACGACGCCUCCCCCGAGGAGAUGGCCAAGUACUUCUCGGCCCUUCGCCACUACAUCAACCUGGUGACGCGGCAGAGGUACGGCAAACGCGCCGGCCCCGAGUCCCUGGUGUCGGAGCUGCUCCUCGGGGCCAGCAGUGACAGGUCACGGUACGACGAUGACUCCGCGUGGUGACCGACCCCCCCAACCCCCCCCCCCGUUCCCCAAAUCCUCCCCGUCUCUCCGCGUCUCCCUAAAGGACCCGGGGCUCCACCGCAGGGUGGGUCCCAGCACCCGGGGCCAGCGUGGGCCCCCCCGCCGGGAGGGCCGGAGACCCCCAGAGCCUGGCCUGGGGGUUUCCCGCUGGGGGGGGGCCCUGACCCCGUCUCCUCCCCACCGCUGUCAGGGGGGUCCCGCAUGGUCCCCCAGCGGCAAUAAAGAGCACGA